AGCCAUAGUCACACUUUUCAUACUCCACAACUGCAUACCAUACUUAUACAUACCAUAAUCGUCACAACUUACACAGUUACACAACAUAUACACAUAUGAUCAACUUUCCACACUUGUGGAUAUCUCACACUACAUCAGAAGCUAGUAUGCACAUGAAAAACGUUCUCAAACCAAUUUUUUUUUAAAAAGGUGUGGAUCACUGGCCAAAAUCCCAAGUAGUCGUCCAAGCACAGAAUAGUUGAAGACCAUACCUCAUCUUGGCUUCAACUCUAGCUCCUCUCCCACCUAACACUUAUCUACUGCUGUUGCUGAUGAUCUGCUUACACAUAGCAUAAGCAGAGAAGAAGAAUAAAAGAGGGUCAGCUCAUGGCUGAGUGAGACAAUCAUUGCAUCGUGAGUUCAUAACAGAGCAUACCCCUACCAUACAUCUAGCAAACAAGCCAAAGCACUAGGAUCAGACCUCAGCCAUCCGACAUCCCAAUAGGCAAAAGACUCAACCAUCUUGACUUAUGCAUAUGCAUCUUAUCAUGUUUUACUUAUAGGCUCCUGGCUACUCCCAUGAUAAUAACUCUCCCACGAAACAUACCCCACAUCCCGUCGGAUGUAGUCAUACAUACCCCAACAUCCCGUCGGAUGUGGUCAUACAUACCCCACACCACUAUGGGUGUAGUCAUACCCCGACACCAUUCUGGGUGUGGUCAUAUCUCGUAAGAAUUCUUCAGUCACCACCACAUGAGAGGUGUGACUAUCAUACAUAUCAUAAUAGAGUAAUAGCAUAGGGAACCCUAAUUACUAUGUAGUUGACCGUGAGACCACAACACUCAUAUUUGGUAUCCUCAUACAUGAUUCAUAUCUCCCUCCCACAACACUCAUAUUUGGUCAUAUCUCGUAAGAAUUUUUCCCCAGUCGCUCCCUGAACUCUCCGCGUUGCCUCUGCUCCCGGUCUGGAAAUAGGAAAAAGGAAGAUGAAAUGGUUUCUUGAAAGUAAUGAGAAGGGGGAGGGAAUAAAUGGACCGAUAUAUAUAUAUAAUUAAUACGUAUACUUAUCCGAUCGAUCGAUAAUCCGAUUUUCGUCAAAAUACUACCAAAAUGCUCGUUUUUAAAGCGUGAAAUUUUCUAGUGACAAUAAUACGAUUUUAGCCGAAACGGGAUGUUACAAAGGAAAUGGUCAAUUCCAUGCUCUCUUACUCUGGUUUGAGUAAUGGGUUUUGGGGGGAAGCUAUGCUAACGGCUUGCUAUUUAUUAAAUAGGGUUCCCAAUAAAAGGAAUGUCACUACCCCCUAUGAACUAUGGUAUAAACGAAAUACAAACUUGGAGUAUCUUCGAGUUUGGGGUUGUAGGGCAGUUGUGCGACUAACGGAUCCUAAAAGGAAGACGUUAGGAGAAAGAGGCAUUGAUUGCAUCUUUGUAGGAUAUGCUAAAAAUUCUAAGGCAUACCGGUUCUAUGUUAUAGAACAAAAUGACGCUUACUCAAUUCAUUCUAUAAUUGAGUCAAGAGAUGCCAUAUUUGAUGAAAAUCGAUUUUCAUCAAUGCAAUGACCAAAAGACAUAGUUACUCGUGUCAAGAGGGGAUUGAGAAAGAUACUUCACAAUCGAGUUUACCCAUUAUUCGUCAAAGUAAAAGAAGAAAGAUUGCAAAAUCUUUCGACCAGACUUUCAAAUGUAUCUUGUGGAAGGUUCUAGAGAGGAAGUACACUCUCAAUAUUUAUAUUCAUUUAACAUUGAGGAUGAUCCUAAAACUUUUGAUGAGGCUAUGAAGUCUCGUAAGGCUGCCUUUUGGAAGGAAGCUAUUAAUGAUGAAAAAGAUUCCAUCAUGGCAAACAACACAUGGGUGUUGGUAGAUUUACCACCUGGAUGCAAACCUUUGGGUAGUAAAUGGAUCUUCAAAAAGAAAAGAAGAGUCGAUGGGACCAUCGACAAGUUUAAGACGCGUUUGGUAAUCCAAGGUUUUAGACAAAAACAUGGGAUUGAUUACUUUGAUACUUACGCGCCUGUUGCUCGAAUCUCCACCAUUAGAUUGUUGAUUGCUCUUGCAUCAAUUCACAAUCUAAUUAUCACAGCAUCCUUGAAUGGAGAUUUGGAUGAAGAGAUUUACAUGAAAAACCCGAAGGAUUUGUGGUGCCUGGUCAAGAGCAUAAAGUGUGAAAAUUGAUCAAAUAAUUGUAUGGGCUUAAACAAGCUCCAAAACAGUGGCAUCAAAAGUUUGAUGAGGUGGUUUUGUCUAGUGGUUUUAAGUUAAACCAAGCUGACAAAUGUGUAUAUACAAAAUUUGAUGAUUCUGGUAAUGGAGUCAUCAUAUGUUUGUAUGUAGAUGACAUGCUUAUCUUUGGUACCAAUCAAAGACAAGUGGACCUCACUAAGGAGUUUUUGUCAUCUAAAUUCUCCAUGAAGGACAUGGGGGAGGCAGAUGUGAUUCUGGGUAAUCAAGCGAAACGGAUAGGAAGUAGCUUUGACUCAAUCUCAUUACAUUGAAAAGGUACUUGAUAAAUUUCAUAGUGAAGUUUGUCGUGAAUUAAAAACCCCAAUGGAUCCAAGUAUGAAACUUUUUCCUAAUACUGGGGAACCUGUUUCACAAUUGGAAUACUCCAAGGUUAUUGGGUGCUUGAUGUAUGCAAUGACUUGCACAAGACCAGAUAUCGCAUAUGUGGUAGGACAAUUAAGUAGGUAUACGAGUAAUCCUAGUGCUCAUCAUUGGCAUGCACUAAGGGUGGGCAUACGGUUCGGUAAAACCGAACCUAAGCGAACUGAACCGAAUUCAAACCAAACCGAAACCGAAUAACAUUACUUCGGUUCGGAAUUCGGAAGAGAAAAGGGUAUAUUUCGGAAACCAAGGUCCUUUCGACCGAACCGAAUUUCCGAAUUCCGAACCGAAUUUCCGAAUUACUAUAAUUGCAAGUUCCUAAUGGUGAAUUUUUAUGUUUGUACUUAUUAUGAGACUUAAAUAUUUGAAUUAUGUUAGUGUUUUAUGAGUUAUGUGUUGAAAUGUUUGAUUUUAUCAUUGAUGAUGCAUUUAAUUGCAUAUUUAUUGUUUACAUUAGGGGUAAAAAAUAAUUUGAAAGAGAAAAAAUACAAGCCAACCUCACAAUUUCGGUUUUUCAUACAAAACCGAACCGAACAAAAUUAUAAUUCGGUU